AUGAACUUCCCAAUCACCGGUCGGACUCUGACCUAUUCCACGGUCGGCGAUCAUGAAAUAAAGCUUGAUUACUACCUUCCCGUUGCCACGGGGAGGCUGCCCGCCAUCAUCUACUACCAUGGUGGGGGGAUGACUGCCGGAUCUCGGCGGAGUGUCCCAUACCCAGGCUGGCUUUAUGACCACUGCCAGAAACAAGGCUAUAUCUUCAUAUCUGCCGAUUACCGCCUGUGCCACCCCACCAACACCCUGGACCAGAUCGAUGAUGCCAAAGCUUUGUUCAGCUUCCUUUCCAAGGACUUCGAGGACAAUUUGCCUGAGUCCAUUACUUUGGAUACCUCGCGAAUUGCCGUGAGCGGCUUCUCCGCCGGUGCAUACUCCGCCCGUGCGGCCUGUGUGUAUGCAGACCCGAAGCCUGCCGUGCUGAUCUCCGUCUACGGACUGGGUGGCGACUUGCUCCUGGAUCAUUGGACUCGCGGCCGGCCACCAACCUCCAUAGCAAAGUUCGUCGACCUCAAUGAAGUUCCUCGCUUGCUUGCCGACAAAACAGUUGUCAGUGACGAUUAUAAGGAAGGAGAACCGCUGCCCAAGCGCUUUGCUCUCACCGUGCAAUGGGAGCUCGAUGGCACCAUGCUGGACGGAUGCUUUGGAGCGCCCGGACUCGGAUCAAAAUUGAACGCUGUGGACUACUCAUUGCGAGAAGCUGCAGUUCCUCAAGAGUUGAAGCCGGGAGUCUUGCAGUCCUUGGUCACCGAGACAUAUCCUCCUUCUGUGUUUGUGCAUGGAACAGCUGACGAGGUUGUGCCGGAUCAGGAGAGUAUUCAUCACCACAACCAACUCGUCCAGCUUGGUGUCAAAUCAAAACUGUUGCUUGUGAAGGAUGGACCGCACGGUCUGGGAGACUUUUCGGGUGCUAACCCAACGGUCUCCAGGGAUACGGCAGCAGCAUACAACAGUGCCCUCGCAUUUACUGACAGUGUUUUUGCUGCGAUCUAA